AUGGAUCUGGAUCUGGAGGAUGCUGGUGAAUUGUUAAUUCUUGCUGGUGGCAUGCUGGACUCUGAUGAUGAUGAUCACGAAAUUAAUGACCCAGUCAUCUGGUUCAAAGUAACUGUAAAUGUGGAGGAGUACCUCAUGAUGCAGGAUGCUGCAUUCCGGCUGCACUUUAGGAUGUCUACUGGUAUUUUUGAAUCUUUGGUCUUGGUUCUUGCAGAGGCUCUAGGAGAGAAUGAAAUUCUCCGGCACAAUGAGGAAUUUCCCUUACGCCACAUUUUAUUAUCUGUUUUGUGGAUCCUUGCUACUCCUGAUACAUUCAGGAGUGUUGCUUUAAGAUUUGGAGUUACUCCGGGUGUUCUUCAUCACCACUACAAGGAAAUAAUAACUGUCUUGUCUGACUUGUCAGCAGAAAUUGUUCAGUGGCCUUCUGCUGAAGAACGUGAAAUUUUGAAGGAAGCAGGGGAGAUACGUACUGGCUUUCCUGGUGCUGUGAUGGCUAUUGAUGGAUCUUUCAUACCUCUUUUUUAUGCUCCUCAUGUAGAACCACAAAGAUUUUUGAAUCGUAAAUUUGAUUAUGCUGUGACACUGCAGGCAUGCGCAGAUAUCAAUUUAGUUUUUAGAGACAUUUAUUGUGGAGAGCCAGGCAGUCUCCAUGACUCGCGGGUGUUUAGAAGAAGUCCUCUAAGCCGCCGCCUAUUAGAGCAAAAUUUGCUGGCAGAUGGUGAGCAUAUCCUUGGAGAUUCCGCAUACAUUCUGACAGAUAAGGUCCUAACACCAUUUAGGAAUAUUGGAAAUUUGACUGUUCAACAGAUAAAUUACAAUUUUAGACUAUCCAGUCUGAGGUCGAUGGUAGAGAGGGCCUUUGGCCUUCUGAAAAUGAAAUGGAGGAGGCUCUUUUAUCUCUCUGCCAAGAGGAUGGACUUAGUUGUGAGGACAGUUGUUGCCUCUAUUACCCUGCAUAACUUCCUCAUAUAUGGAGGAGAAAUUCCAGAAGUGGAUUUGCAACAUAUUGAACCUGAAGCUAAUUUUG